AUGUGGAAUAAAGCGAUCCUCGGAGAAGGAGGGGUUCACUAUCAAAACCUUUGUGAGAUCAUUGGUGAGCCACUUAUCGAAGACAUGGUGGUUGGCACCAAGGAGGAUAUGUUAUUGCUCGAAGAGCGUGGAAAAGUUGAAGAAGAGAAAUAUGCGCUCCAAACGGCUUUCUUGAAGCAGUGGCUGGAUUCGGGCACUGACGCCUUACUUGAGCCUAGUAAACAAUGGAUGGGAUACACGGCUAUAUGGAACCUGCUGAACUACGCCGCUGUUACUGUGCCUGUUGCUAAAGCUAGUGGGGAUCUUCACUCAGUCGGUGGUGGGAAGAACGCCGAUUGGGAAGCGUAUCCACCCAGAAACGAGUCAGAUGAGUUUGAUUACGCUGGCAUGCCCGUAUGUGUGCAGAUUAUAGGCGGACGGUUUGGCGAAGAGAAAGCUGCCGCAGUUGGAGAAGUUGUUGAUCAGCUUAUGAACCCGACUCCUUCUAUCCAAUUGGCUAAAGUUUGGAGCGUUGGAAAAUACACGAGUCGCAAGAAAUGUAGAGAGGGCGUUGAACAAGUCAUGAUUGACGAGAGGAUAAUAGCUGCCACGUCCUUAAGUUUCUAUGCAAUACUAGUAAUUCAUAUUUCGUAA